AACGUCAUCCAUCAUGGAUUCUGAAGAACGCCCAUCAACGGCCUCUCACCAGCGCGAAGUGGUGAGUCUACACGUGGGUCAAGCCGGGGUGCAGUUGGGGGCAGCGAGCUGGCAGCUCUUCUGUCUCGAACACAACCUCAGCCCCGCGGGGGUGAGAGCGCCCCCCUCCCAUCCUCCGCCUCUUACCUACGACGAAGACGACUUGAGUUUCCUUUCAUUUUUCGAGGAGGCGAGCGCGAACAGGUACCGCCCUCGCGCCGUCUUCAUCGACACUGACCCCUCCGCUGUCCAACAGCUGUCGGCGUCGCCGUACGCUCGCCUGUACAGCGGCGCACAGCUGCUGUACGGCAGGGAGGACGCUGCUAGUAACUUCGCUCGAGGCUACAACUCUGCAGGCCACCGCCUGCUGCAGCCUGCACUGCAGCAGAUCAGGCUGCAGGUUGAGGCUUGCGACAAUCUGCAGAUUGUACACGACAUGCCAACGCGUGAUGCCGAAGCGUUGCCUUCUCAGGGCUUCCUGCUGCACCACGCUGCUGGGGGUGGCACAGGCUCCGGCCUCACAGCGCGUCUUGCCGACCACAUCGCCACCGAGUACCCUAAGAAAAUCGAUGUCAGAUUUGCCGUCAUGCCUUCCACAAAGGUUUGA